AUGGAGAUCCUUGCCAUUAGACAAGCUCUGAGUGCGUGUGUCCAACUUCAACUCACAGAUGUGAUGGUUGAAUCUAAUGCCCAAAGGGGUAUCUCGAUACUCAACAGACAGAUUGCGGUGGAUUGUCUUCGACAUACGGGAGCUGGUGUCUCAGUUUACACGAAUGACUUUUGUGUUUGCACCCUACGUUGUAAUCGGGCUGCACACGCGAUGCUCGUUUAG